AUGGCAGAUAACCCUUCAAAUCUCCGUAACGAAGAUUUCCGUAAGCUUCUGACGUCCGCUCGAAGUGAUCGUCCGGCUUCUUCGGCGUUCGCAAAGCCGGCAGAUCCAAAAUCAAACGACGAAAAGCCGGCGAGUUUCAAGCAUAAGCAUCUGAAGCCUGCGAAGUUUAAGAAACCACAGGCACCAGGGUCAGCAAAGGGAAAAAAGGAAAAGACAGAGGCCGAUGAAGACGAAGCUCAUCUGAAGAAUAUCCUCAAAAACUACAGAGAUCGAGCCGCCGAACGGAGAAAAGCGGGAGAUGAGAAAGAAGACACCACCAAACUUACCGCUGCAUAUCGAGCCGUUCCAGGGGAUGCUCGUAGUGCUCUCGACCAAGCGGAUCUCCGAAAGCAGGCGAUUUUGGAGUCGAAGUAUUUGGGAGGAGAUUUGGAGCACACUCACUUGGUCAAAGGUCUGGAUUAUUCACUGUUGAAUAAAGUGAGAAGUGAGUUGACAGCUGAUGACGACGAGGAGGAUGAUGAUAUUGAGGCACUUGACGAUAAAAAGUCAGCGAAGCCGUCCGAAGCCACUUCACUCACCCAGGAGCUCGCUCAAUCCCACUCGGAGAACCGAAUGGUUCGAUCCCUCCACCGAGUUCUUUUUAAAAACGAAGUGCCUCUUCGGAACGACCUGUUCGCCAAGGGACGGAUGGCGUAUGUUGUGGAGUUGGAAGAUGAGGAGACGGAUAUUCCGACAACGUUGCUCAGAUCGCUUCACGACCUGCCACGUGCCGAAUCAGCCCAAUCAAUCCAGGCGAACAACCUCAUCAUCUCGAAACUCUCCCACGUCCUCGCCCAUCUCCGGUCGGAACCGAAAAAGAAGAAGAAGGAGGAAUUCCGCACGUCGACCGCUUCAUCUGCCCCCUCGGCUCCAAAAGGAGAUGAUAUUUAUGAUGAUUUGGACGACUAUGUCCCAUCUCGGAAGCCGCGUGAUUCUCGAGAUAAUCGGGAUAAUAGGGACCGGGAUAGAAGACGUGACCGUUCCAGAUCCAGAGAACGCGAUCGUGACCGCUACUUCGAGAAGUCGGCGAACGCCAGAAGAGAAGAGGAGCAGAAGCGACGAGAACAGCAACGGGAGAGGGAGAGAGCCGAACGGGAACGUCUUCGGGAGAAAGAAAAAGAAAAGGAGAAGGCGAAGGAGAAGGAACGAGAGAGAAAGAGGAAGGAGAUGGAAGCAUCGUCCGGAUACGAUGAGUGUUAUCCAGGAGGGCUCGUUGAGAUGGGCGGCUCGUGGGAUUCUGAUGAGGAGGCGGAUUACUCCAAGAUGGACGCCGGUCCGAAGAAGAAUCAAGCCGUCAAUCGAUGGGAUUUCGACACCGAGGAGGAGUACGCAACGUACAUGGAAGGAAGAGAAGCUCUCCCGAAAGCCGCCUACCAGUAUGGAGUCAAGAAUGGAGAGGGCCGAAAGAACAAGAAACAAUCGGCAGUCUCGGAAGCGAAACGGUUGGAUCGUGAGCUCAACGAGAUCAAUAAAAUUAUGGAUAAGAGGAAGAUUGGAGGAGAAGGAGGUGGCGGCGACUACAAGAAACCAAAAUAUUAA